UUUUCAUCUCGGUGCUGGGAAUGGCGGCUACAAGAUGGAUAUUCACGAAAGAACAAAUAGCAAACUCUCCCAGUCGACAAUGUGGAAUAGAUGCCGACAAAGAACUCUCAUAUCGUCAACAGGCAGCAAAUCUCAUACAAGAUAUGGGACAAAGGCUGUCAGUUACUCAACUGUGCAUCAACACUGCCAUUGUAUACAUGCAUCGAUUCUACAUGCUGAGAUCAUUUACAAAAUUUCCUAGGAAUGAGAUGUCACCAGCCUGCCUGUUCCUGUCGUGUAAAGUGGAAGAGCAGCCUCGCAAGCUGGAGCAUGUGAUCAAAGUCGCCCACUCCUGUCUACAUCGCGAUAACAAACCCCCGCCUGACACCAAAACUGAGGCCUACCUUGAGCAGGCGCAGCAGCUAGUGAUCAAUGAGAAUAUACUGCUACAGACCCUAGGGUUCGAGGUUCGGGUUGAGCAUCCUCACACCUACGUAGUCAAGGCGACACAGCUUGUUAAAGCGAGUAAAGACCUAUCACAGAGCAGCUACUACUUGGCCACCAACAGCCUGCACAUGACAACUUUCUGUCUACAGCAUCGCCCAACCGUGGUAGCCUGUGUCUGUAUGCAUCUCGCCUGCAAGUGGGCCAAAUACAUUAUCCCGAACUCUCCAGAUGGCAAGGCCUGGUACCAUUAUGUUGAUCCUAUGGUUACGAAGGAGUUGGUGGAAGAGCUGUACAAUGAGUUUCUCAAUAUCCUGGAAACUGCUCCAACGAAGCUGAAGAAGAAAAUCAUGGGCUGGAAGGCUGAGGGUCAGCAGAGGGGUGACACGCCCACUCGUGAGUAUGACAUGCCAGGGGCCAGUGCCUACCCACCUUCCACCUCCCAACACAGACACUCAAAUCACGACCGACGGGAGGUCCACCAUGGGGAGUCGGGGCGCAAUCCUGAGCAACAGCGGUCAAGCCAAGACCACCGGGACGGGCGUCCUGAUCAACGUCGGGAACCGCACCCACAUCCUGAGAGACGGAAAGAGUCUUUAACACAUCAUCCGGAUAAAGAUCGCAAACCUCACAUCCACAGCUCUAGCUCCCAUCAUCUAGACUCCAGGGGGAGUACACGAGGUGAACAACGCGACCCGCAUCACUCUUCUUCCUCUCAUCCUUAUCGAAAAGAUGCUCAACACCCAAGUGAACAAAGGGAACGGAUGCACCAGGAUAGCCAUAGAAAGGACUCCACUCAGGUGAAGAGAGAACCUGACAUUAAUGGGCGUUCCCUGACUCCUCAACCGACCAAACCUCAUCUUGAUCCUGUAAAAUCUGAGCAGCGCAAGGACUCCCCAGUUGUGAAAACAGAAGUACUUGCAGCUCCAGCCUCAUUAGAAGCAGGGCCGAAAACUUCCACACCAACUUUAGGCCCAGAUGCGCCUAAAAAAACCAAGUCUGAAACUGCUAUUAAUUUUAAAGAAUAUAUGAAACGAAAGGAAAAAGAACGGAAAGAGAAAGAAAUGACUGAUAAAUUAAAACAGCAAUUGGAAAUGGCUAAAACAAAAGUUCAUGAAGGUGAAUUGUUAAAUAAGACUUUCUCUGAGGGUAGUAGUAAAGAGCUCAAACACCGACCUCCCAAGUUAGAUGUUAGUCUACCUCUUCCCUCUAGCCUUGAUGAUAGAUCCCUGGGCAAGGAGGACAAGGAAAGGCCUUAUGAAGUGAAUAUUAAAAGUCCUAUUAAACCUCACAAAAACAUUACUGUAAAAAGUCCUAUUAAAAGCUGUGAUCUCAAGCAGCCAAAGCUGGAACUACCAAAAGUGCACAUUACCCCAGAAAAGGAUGGUGUUGACCCAUUUAGUGUUAAUAUAAACAAUGAUCCCGCAAUCAGAAAACUCAUGGACAAUGGGAAAGAAUCUGAGUCUCCAGCAGCUGGUGUUGACAUAUUGACUCAUGUUAAACAAGAGCCUGGAAUUUUGCCUAAAAUACCAAAAAUCUCUCCAAAGUGCUCACCAAGGGUAAAACCGGAAUCUGGAUCUCCAAGAGUAAAAAAGGAAAUCAUUCCCUCGGAAUCAGGUGCUAUUAAAGACAUUAUAUCAAAUACAAAGAUUAAGCAAGAACCUAAACCAGACUUUUCAGAGAAAGUUAAACAGGAACUAGUCGGUGAUGUUAAGGUGAAAGAAGAAAGAGUAGACACAGUUAAGGCCAGUUUUACACAUCCUGUCUCAAGGGUAGAAAAGAUUUUAGAAGAGUUAGAACCGGGUGAAAUUGAAGAUAGUGAACCUGAAAUAAACCUCCUCCCUGAACAUUCUUCUGCACCUACUCAUAAGAUUAAGGAGUUGACUUUUGAUCCUGAAAAGGGUUUAGAUAGUGCUGUUGCUUUAAAGCAUGCCAUGAGGAAAGAGCCUAGCAGUGGUAGAAACACUCCUGUUAGCUCACAAGUGAAAGCUGAAGGUGGGAGUGGUCAGAACACACCUCUAAGAAUGAAAAUUCCAAUCCAACACACACAGGGUGAGAGUCCAUCUCUGAAAAUAAAGAUCAGUACUAAAGGUAUAUCAACAGACAGUGAUCAUAGUUCUGGUAAACAUAGUUCCCCCCAUAGACAUAAACACAAGCACAAAGAUAAACAUAAGUCCCACAAGCAUUCCAAAGACCGGCAUAAAGACAAGCAUCGUGAAAAGCACUCCUCAUCCAGUGUCAGUUCUAGCUCUGGGACCAAUGGACAAUCACUGAAAUUAAACAUAAAACUUUCUGAGAUUCCUGGCUCAAGCAGCUCAGAAUGGGCAAACAAGCCUGACAAACCGAAACACCGAGCCUCCAUGUCAGAUCCAGCAUUAAACAAAAACGUGCUUGAACCAGAAAGGCAACAACCGUGGUCCGUGUCCGAUUUGUCAAAGUCCGCAACAGAUGUUAACGACUCUUCAGCGUCUCGCAAAAGACGACGUACACCCACUGUUGAAAAAAAUAGUGAUACAUCUCAAAGCAAGGCUGCUAAAAUGGGCCCUAAUCGGUUGAGACGUUCUUCAUCAUCACAUUCUGUUGUUAGCAUGGAAAUGUCAGACGAUGAAAAUGUUAGUCAAGUGCAAUCAAGCCAGGGUCAGGUCCAGACAAAUGGUCAAACAGACAGUGCACAUAUUGUGAUGAAUAAACUUCAUGAGGCAUUGCGCAAACAACUAAAUCACACUCAGAGUCAGAUUGCUAUGUAUCAAAAACAAGGUGUUCAUCUCCCCCCUCCACCCCCACCCCAAAGUGAACAGAACAAGUCCUCGCCUCGUGUAACAGUCAAGCCUGUAAAGAAGCCUGUAGACAGACAGCAGUCGGGCUUUGACCUUGAGGGAAUGAUGUGGGCAGAGUCACACCCUCCAUUGCCAGAUACCCCUGCCCCACCCCCACCUCCCCCAGACAAGAUAGCUCCCCUACCCCCACGGUGAUAUUUUGCUACCCUUAUAGUGAACUAUAAUAUUUGUUGGGGGUAAAUCUUGUUAAAUAUGAAAUAUUUAAUAAUCUGUUAUAACAUUAAACUGCUGGGUUGUUUUUUUCUUAAAUCAAGUCACACAGAAAAAUAAUUUUCUUCUGUUCUAAUAUACUACAUUUUUUUUAUACAAAUAAAAAAUCAAUCAUGUUUUUAUGGUCUUCAUACAUAUUGUUUAUACAACCUAUCUCCUUAUCAUUUGGUGUUAUUGUUCAUAGUAUCCCUGAGCCUGUUACUUGUGAUGCUGAAAUAAGUUGUCUGGUGGUUUUUAAAGCAAAUUUAAUGUUAGAUAUUCAUAAUCAUGGUGCCAUUAUAAAGUUCCUUUUAUAUUAAAAGUUCCAUACUUAGCUAAAAGAUGUCAUUUUGAUGUCAGAAAAACUAAUGUUUCAGUUAAAAAAACUUAAUUACAUAACUGGCACUGAAGACUUACUAAAAUGCUGAUUGUUUGCAAAUGAAACAUAUUUAGAUCUUGAACAUUUCCAAAUACCUUAAUAUGCAGGAAUCUAUUAUAUUGAGUGACUAUCAAUCAUUAUUUUUGUAUUUUUUUUGUACUGUGUAAAUUGAAAAUGCUCAAAAAAAGUAAAAUUUUCAGAAAUUGACAAAAAAAAUCUCAUUGUCAUGUUUCACUCCACUAUGUCAUGUUUUCCUCUAUAGUGUAUUAAAUGUUAUUAUAGUGGCAUUGAUUUAGCUUAAGUUAUUUCAAGUAUUUGUUUAAUUUCUUACACUAGUUGUGUAAUUCAGCCAUGUAUUGUUGUUACAAUUUUGUUAUAUUUUCAUCAAGGAAUGAGUGUUUAUAUUUGUAUAUUAUAGUGUGUUCUCUAUUACACUCUCUGUGUUGGGAAGUUUGAAUUGUAAUGUUAUGAUAAAGUUUAGGGUUUGGCAAGGUUUAAAAAAAGGGCAGGGUGCUGCAGGAAAGGGACAGGGUGGUAUGGGUUCCUUGUUUCUGGCUGUGAGUGAGAGAUAAGAUGAAGAUAUUUGACAAAAAAAUGUUUGAAUUGUGUUAAAUUGACCUAGUUCAAGCAUUCAUCUGCCAGAUAUAUCAAUUUCGUAUGUAUUUAUAACCAUAUAAUAAGAUUUUAAGGUUAUUUAAAGCAUUAAUUGAAAGAAGGCAGGAGGGUACACAAGGCAGCGUUGUGCUACCAAAAACAGGAGGGGUGCAGCACUCUCCUUUAAAUCUAGCUAAAUCCCUAGAUAGGAAAGGAAAUGUGGUAAAGAUUAGUAUUAACAAAGACUUUGCAGUCAUAUAUGUUAAAUACUGAUUGCUUCAUGCACUUGUCACAAAAAAAAGACUAGAAAUUUAAACAGAUUUGAUGAGUUGGAAAAUACCUUCGGUUUAUAGAGUAAAAAAGAUUUCUUACAAUGAAAUGUAGUUGUUCAAACAAAUCAAGUCAAGGUAUUGUGAGAGAUUGGUGUUACUGUCCGUGUGCCAUAUUAGGUACCAUGGCCGAAAUACUGGAUAUUUUAACUAAACUUGAUAUUUAACAUGCUACCAGAGGCAGUACACUAUACACACAUGUAGCAAAGCCUGUAAGUCUGACUAUAAUUAUUGAGCUAUUCGCAUUUCUGAUAGAAAAAAAAUAAAUCCACAAAAUGAGGCUGACGGGACAGGCGUUGUUAUACAUUUGCUGUGGUUUAUUCCAGAGUUCACAAGUGCUUCAGUAUAUUUAUAUAUAUAAAAAUACGUGAAUCUUCUUAGGACAGUAUACACGCUGACCAACAAGAGCCUCAUUUUGGUUCAUAUAAACGAAUAACAAUUUUGUACAAAAUUCUAAUAGUUAAAAUUUUCAUUUAGUAGAACAUAUCAUUAAGAAAAUUGUUUAAGAAAGACGCCUAAAGAAAAAUGAUCGAGAUGUGCUUUAUUACUUAUAGUGAAUCAUGUUUGUUUUCAUAGUUUUCUGUUCCUUUGUAUUUGUUAUUGUGUAAACACAUUUCAACUAUUUUUGAGUGACUUUAAUCAGUGCUGGCCACAACCAAAUGUUGACAAUGAAGUCAGAGUAAUCCACAUGCCUUAGCUUUUUUCAAACCCAUUUGUCAGUCAAUGGGAAUUUGAUUUUCAUUUAAUACUAUUUACUUGUGACUGUCUUAAUUGUAACAUAAUAGAUAUUUGCAUUUUAUUGCACACACUGUAUAUGGAUGACCAUUUCUAUUAUAUGGUUAAUAUUCAAUCAUUCAUACAUGAUUGUCAGCUAUCUUCUAAGCCUCAAAGCAUUGUAUAAUUGCAUGGUCACAAACGCUACUGUCUGACAUGUUUUUGUUGAGCAGUUUUAUUUUUUAUGCUUGCUUAAUGUCAACUUAAUAAAUAAUCUGUGAUAGCUGGAAAUAAUAUGCUCGUUCAGGCAUUAGAUAGUCCUUGUAACCUUGUCAGUUUUUCUAUAAAAAUAAGUUGAGAUGCUGCUCUUUUAAACUGUCUGAAAAACGAUGUGUGCAAAACAUGUCCAAAAUGACUAUACAUAUUUGUAGCAAAUUCCGUAACUCCUGCUAAAACAGUUUUUGUUAUGAAUAGUUAUAAACUGAGAAAACGACAUAUGUAUUUAGUGUUCUUGUUUGUGUUCAUAACUCUUUAUCCAGAAUGCUUCUAAAAAGCUUCUUUGUUAUAUAUUUGCAAUUGUAAAAACUUAAAAACCACAUGUUAUAUUGAAUGACUGGACAGAAAUUUCUUAACAAAGAGGUAAUGUACAUCAAAGAUAUUUAUUAUUAUUUUAUUAUUUCCUUUGUUAUUGAAGAAAUGUCCAGGCAUUGUCAAAGCCUUUUCUCGUUGUUGUUGAUGGCAUGCAAUAAGUAACCUAGGCUAUAAUUCAAAAACUGUUGAUAUCUAACCCAGUUGAUCUGUGCAUUAAUCUGAUGGUUGUGAUCUUGUCACUUUUAUCGGGGUGUGAAUGACAAACCAGACUUGUGUAUUACAAUUUUUACUGACUUGGCCGUUUUGGAUGGAAAAAAUUGAUUAUAUUUCAGAUCAGCAUUUUCUGUUCCUGAAAUCAGUCUGGCACGGUCAAAAUCUGUUUAGACCGGCAAAUUGUCGGGUUUCACUGAAACAUGUCGCAGUAACAUUACCCACAUGUACAACAAUGCCUUUACAUCUAGCUUUGGUUCAUUUUGAGUCAUGACCCUAACAAUAGACAAGCACUGGCUUCAGCUCCAAGCUCUCUUGUUCUCCACUGGAUGUAACUUGUAAAGAGGAGGCUUACCUAGGAUGAACAAUUGUAUUUUUAUUAAAGAAAUAAUUACUAAAUAUGAUAUAGUGCUUGGUUAUUUGUCUAACAUUCUGUUAAAUAUUAGACAUGGUAUUUUGUUAAAAUGAUCAGGGUGUUUAAAUAAAUGUCACCGUUUGAGCAUGAACACAAAGUUCGAAAUGAGUGUUACUUUCUUUUAAAAUCAACAAGACAUCUUAUGAAUGUAUCAAACAUAUACUUCAACAUUUUUCAUUUUGCUAAGUUUUGAUUUUCUUUUUAUCUUAGUAUACUAGUUAGUAGUGUAACAGGUUCUACUUGCAGUAAGAGGUAAUUCAUAUGUACUAGUAUUUGUAUUUUAUCUUUUUCAUUGGUUACAUAAAUGGUUCAUCAUUUGUUCAGGCACCCUACUGAUAACCUUUUCUGGUUGAUAUUUUGUGUUUGAAUUUCCUUUGUUGCCAGAGUUGAAUCUUGUAGUUGGUAACACAAGAAUGUUGUGAUGAUAAAUUUCAAUAAGUAUAUAAAAUUGUUGAAAAUGAAUUAAAAACAGAAAAUAAAUAGAAAAAUCUAA